AUGAUCCAACCUGACGCGUUUUCGGUGUUGAAAGUGUCGAAGCACAGUUCGGAAGUGAUAAGGUUUGACGCGGAGUUGGAGAAUCGCGAGAAAAUCGAUAGAGUGUUGGGUCGUCUUGAUAAUCGUAUUAUUCAACUUAAUGAUUAUCCAGAGCCCUUGAAAUUAAAGGCAUCCGAAGCAAAAUCGGACUUCCCGAGCAGACAUACAUGGGAUUCUUUCUUUCGAGAUGCUACAGAUAUGGACGAAAUGAAGCCCGGAGAGCGACCAGACACAAUCCACAUAUCAAAUAUUCCAAUCAGUUGGUUUGUUCAUGAACAUGAACCAGAUAAAGAUGCUCCACCUUCUGACAGCAUGUUUAAAAAAGUAUUUGAAAAAUUUGGUGCUAUACGGCAAGUUGAUGUUCCUGCUGCAGAUCCUUUCAGAAUGCAAAUGAAGGAGGCCAUGAGGGGUAUCACUAUUCCUAUAGGAGACUCCGCUCUGUACUUUGAAGGCUAUAUUCAAUUUAGUGAGUAUGUUGGCUUUGUCCGGUGCAUGGAUGCAUUAAGAGGCAGAAAACUGUUACGAAAGAGGGAUGAUAUAUCUGAGUGGUGUAAUAUCAAAGUAGACUUUGACCGAACUAAGCAUAUGACAGAUGCUGCCGUGAAAAGAAGGGCUAUAGUUCGUGAGAGGCUGAUCACCCGUCAAAGAGCUAAGGAGGAAGAAGAGAAGAUUGAGAAGGACAAAAUAGCUAAAAGAGAAGCAAAAGAGAGACUGAAGCUAGAGAACACUGAAAGGGAGAAAUUAGCUAAUAUGAGGGAGCGAGAGGAAAAGCGGAAAAAGAAGAGGUUGGCAAAACUUGUGGAGAAAGAUAAGAUGGAUGUUAAUAAGCGUGUCGCUGAGGAAGAGAAGAAACUACUGCAUGCACAUAGAAGACUGCAGGCGAUAAGACUGAUUGAGGAGCUGUUUAAGAGGAUAGAGCUACGGCCCGAGCUGCAGCGGAAUGGCCACGAGAGGUACUACGGCGAUAGGUCCGCGCGCUCCCGCCUGGUGGAGCGCCACAAAAGGGAGCAGGAGCGCAGGCUCGAGGAGCAACGGCAGCUGCUGCAGCAGGCCGUGGACGGGCGCAUCAUAAUCCGGUCGGCGCUGGAGACCAGGAAGCCCAGGGCGGAGUCCUCGUCGCCGCUGAGCUCCCUCUCUUCGGAGGACGAGAGGAUCAGGAAAAGGAUAAAGACCGAGAAACUCCUCACCCCCGAGAGGGGGGGCUAUGAUUAUAAACCACCAGUUGCAGGUCUCUACCCGUACGGCUUCCCGUACCCGUUCGCCUGCGCGCCCACACCCGGAUAUCCGUUCCCACAAACGUCGCUGUACUACCCGGUGCGCGGCUUCUUCGGCGGCGAGCGGCGGCCCGCCAGGGGGCGCGGCCGGGGCCGGGGCCAGCGGCCGCGGAUGCCCUACUUCGACGGGCCCGACGCCAGCCGCCAGUACUACCAGUACUUCAAGAAGCUCACGGCGGAGUCGCGCGGCCACAGCGACCACUCCCGCCGGCGCUCUUACUCGCGCUCGCGCUCGAAUUCGCGCUCGAAUUCGCGUUCGCGCUCGCGCUCGCGCCGGCGCUCGUACAGCCGCUCGCGCUCGAGAAGCAGACGCUCGAGAAGCCGCCGCUCCAGAAGCAGGAGCUCCCGAAGCAGAAGAUCAAAGUCCUCCCACGGCCGGUCCCGGUCGCGGUCGCGUCGGCGCUCGAGACCGCGCGGCCGCCGCUCGCGGACCAAGACCCGGUCUCGGACCAAGACCCGGUCUCCGACCAAGACCCGGUCUCGGUCCAAGUCGCGCCCGAAGACCGACCGCUCGGCCGAAGACCGGCCAGCGACGCCAAAGGAAGUGCGCCGCUCCAAAAGCUGGUCUAUGCCCCCCGAAGGCGGACCGCGCGAAUCCUGGUCCAAGAGCCCCAAGGAAGCCCAACAA